AUGCUGGAAUAUCAACAGCUUGCCGUGGAUGAGUGGCUUGCUUCGCCCGCUUCUCUUGCCAUCCUUGGGCAUGGCCUUGGCGUCCAGAAGAUCUUGCUGGAAGCAUUGCGCAGAGUGUUAGCUACAGCCCAGCUCGAUCCAGAGCGCGCAAAACGCCCCAUCAUCGUGUUGAAUACCGCGCAGGAGGAAUCGGAACUGCUCGCCAAACGUGCCUCAGAAGAUCCAAAGUGGACAGGAUUACAAAACAAACUCUGCGUCAUUGGAUCUUCCCUGGGCGUGGACGGGCGUAAAGCUGCGCUUGCGCAGGGCGGCGCAUUCAUCGUGAAUGCUCGGCUGCUUGUGACGGACUUGCUCGGAGAUCGAUUGCGACCGGAAAGCAUCGAAGGAGUUUUUGUAAAUCAUGCUCAUGAUGUGGGCGAGCUGUCGGCCGAUGCUUUCGUUCUUCGACUAUUCCGGGUGGGCAACCAGAAAGGCUUUGUCAGAGCCAUCUCGGAUAUGCCGGAUAGAUUGGUGCGUGGACAAGGUCAGCUGGAGAAAGUGAUGCAGCGAUGCUUUGUCAGCGACUUGGAAAUUUGGCCCCGAAUCCGAAAGGAUGUGCAACAAUGCCUCCGGCACGAGGAAUGGGAGCAGGAUGUGCACCAGAUCACAUUGGAGCUGCCGCAGGAUGUCAAAGACAUCCAGGGCCACCUCCUCAACAUCAUGCAAAGCACGUUGCAGGAGCUCCAGAAGGAUCCGAACCUGGACUUGGGACAUUUGCAGGUGCGCGACUCGGUGUCUCCGGCCUUUGAAGCCGAGCUGCAGCAG